AUGACUAUGGAAGCCGGCAUCGUCGGAUUACCCAACGUAGGUAAAAGCACCCUUUUCAACGCGCUCACGUCUUCGCAGGCGGCGCAGAGCGAGAACUAUCCGUUCUGCACGAUCGAACCGAAUGAAGGCAUCGUGAGCGUGCCGGAUCCCCGGCUCGGCCGCAUCACGAACUACAUCCCGCAGAAGGUGAUUCCGGCGGCACUCAAGCUGUUGGACAUCGCCGGCAUCGUGAAGGGCGCGAGUGAAGGUGAAGGACUCGGUAACAAGUUCCUCAGCCACAUCCGCCCGGUCGACGCGAUCAUGCAGGUGGUCCGCUGCUUUGUGGAUUCGGACGUCACCCACGUCGACGGCAACGUCGAUCCUCUCGCCGACAUCAACACGAUCGAAACCGAGUUGAUGCUCGCGGAUAUGCAGACGCUCGAGAACGCGCUGAGAAGGGCGUCGAAGAAGGCCAAGAGCCAAGACAAGGACGCCAAGUUCCAGGUCGAAACGAUCAAAAAGUGCGCGGCGCACAUCGAACAAGAAAAGCCGCUGCGCCAACUCGAACUCGACGAAAAAGAGGAGCUGUCGAUCCGUGGCUUCGGCCUGCUGACGGCCAAGCCGAUCCUGUUCGUGGCAAAUGUCCACGAAGAACGACCUCGAGGGCGAGAGUCCGUUGUCGCGACGGUUCGGACUUACGCCGAAAAAGUCGGCGCCGAGGUCGUGUGCAUCUGCGCGAAGCUCGAAGCGGAAAUCGCCGAGCUCGACGAAGAAGACCGAGCCGAAACGCUCGAAUCGCUCGGGCUCAAAGAGCCGGGCCUCGCCGUGUUGGCCCGCGCCGCGUACCGAACGCUUGGCUUGCAGAGCUACUUUACGGCCGGCGAACAGGAAGUGCGCGCCUGGACGAUUCCGGUCGGCGCCACCGCACCGCAAGCCGCUGGUGUCAUCCAUAGUGACUUCGAACGCGGCUUCAUUCGGGCGGAGGUCUACUCCUUGCCCGACCUCGAAGAGCAGAAGAGCGAAAAGAACCUGCGAACCGCCGGCAAGCUCCGCGUCGAAGGCAAAGAGUACGUCGUCAAAGACGGCGACAUCAUGCACUUCUUGUUCAACGUCUGA